CCCAAUGCAGGAUGUUGAUACACUCAUAUAUCAUUAUUUAGGCAACGACUUUUAGUUCAUCGACGGAGGAUUGGUUACACGGGAAUCAUUCGUGAAAUUUGUAAAAAUAGCAUGAGCAGGAGGUUUUGAUAUUCAAUUCUUGUCUUUAAAAAACCAUUAGGUGCUUACUAUCCCGCCUUAUGGUGCCUGUCAUACAGAACACAUAUCAUGGGACAAGUCAGCCCUAAGCCACCUAGAGAAUUCUUUAUUUCAAUGGGUUUAACCCUUGCUCUAAGGGCCUCGGCGUCCAUACCACGAAAUUUUGAAUGCUAUUUCUUUUCUGAAGUAGGUAGAAGAUGCCGGGGAAAGGAUGACUUGUGUUUUGAGGAAUCUUUCCUCAUUAACUUCCACUUUCCGCGUCAACUGUUCUGUUCAAACGAUUGAAAGGAUUUUUAUAAAGCCUUGCAGACGUCCUUGAGCCUCUCAUCAUAAAGAGAUCCAUUCAUCGACGCUAGUUUGUGCCUGAAGGCUUUUUCAUUAUGUCAACUUCGGCAGAUAUCAACCGUCAUUUCGAUGGACAAAGACAUUGGUUCAAGCAGUUCACCUACUCCAACCCUACCUUGAGGGAUGCAGAAAAGGCAGGUCCUCUCGAUCCAGUACCCACACACUUUCACAGAGAUGUGUUAAAUCGGGAGACAUGGCGACCUCGAGAUCUCCUUAGAUAUAUCUCCCCUUCCUAUGGCAAACCAUAUCAUAUGCUUGUACAAGCCGCUUCCAGUCCCGAUAUCCAGCCCCAAGGAGAAUGGAGACGACGACGUGUUGGAGGGAAUGCGCCCACACUCUUGAGAGUAUCUUCAUGGGCCAUCGGAAAUGAGCUCGACUCGGCUCAAGGUAUAGCCUUGGCUAUCGGGAGAUCUAUUCUCGUCCUUCCUGUCAUAAUAUUUAUUGUUAUAUAUGGGAUUACUAAUGGUGAUGGGAAAAACAGUGACAAAUACACCAAGUUCCCUCACAAAUGCUAUGAGUAUCCGAAGCAUGCUUUGAAUCAACUAGAUGCUGCCCCGAAUGCAGCGCAAUGGAUCAAAGGGCAGCGCCAAGAUGAUGGAGAUAAAACCUACAUAAUCAAGGGUGAACAGAAUCGCCUUCUUCGACCUCGUGCCUUAGUUGUAUUCCGCAACAACGACUGGGAAGUUGUCGAAGAUGGAAGCUUUUCUGGUCCAUAUAUCUUUAUUAGUUUUGCAGCCGCCCAAUACCAGAGAGCUGCCCCAACUGACCAAAACCCGGGCAAGACUGAGUUGGACCAAGAGGCCAUUGAUCGAAGAGCAAGAAAGCUCACGUUGCAUCAUGGAAUGGAGGCAUAUUGGGCGGACUUCCAUUGCAGAGCGGAACUACAACCCGAAGCCACUGACGAUGUCCAUCGAUUCUGUGAUGUCACUCGAGGAGCUGAGAAGGUCUGUGUUGUGCUGCCCGACCGCUCUCCACAAGCUCUAGUGUUCUUUGGCCAACGUCUCUGGUGCCUACCUGAAAUUUUGCUUGCCCGAGAUCACAAAGUUAGUGUCUGCACACCCGACUUUCAGAACAAAGAGGGUGUCGAUAAAAUAGAAGUUGUUGAUAUCAUAGAGUUCACGCAUCGAUCAUGGGCAAGAAUGCUCACACCAAGCAAUGAAAUCAUACACGAUGGAAAUGACGAAAUUUUCCGUCUGUUAGCUGAGCAUUAUACUGGAUCCUUGUCAUUAAGUCGGCUCGAGCUGAUUCAGGUUGCCCUUAAAGCUUUGAAGUCUAGACAGUUCACCGAGUUCCAACGCGGUGAUAUUGCCUAUGCUCUUAUGACACUUCUCACAAAACGCCCCCGUAUGGAUCCUUCUGACACAGAAGAGCAAGCUCUUGCUCGACUAUCACUGGCCAAUGAUAGUGAUCAAAUCGUCGAACGUAUGGCUUGCAUGGAUGGUAUUCGCAUGACAGGUAAACCUGCGUGGUUCAAUCUUGAAGAUGAUCUUGGUGCCAAUUUAUGGGACAUUCAGCCUCUCUGUCAGGUAGCAGGCGUCUGCCACGAUGGUUCCUUGAUUCUAGAUGGUGCCCAUGCAAUCUCUAUUCGCUGGAAGGACAUACCCAGAAUUUAUUCUCUCAGAAGAAGAUCUUGGAAAAAGCUAGGCGCUGAUUGGGCGUUGGCAUUUGGACCAAUUUUAUUUAUUACGGGAUGCGCUUUGGUGGCUCAAGGUGGCUCACUCGGCGGACUGGGGGCUUUCUUCUUAGUCUUGGGACUUAUCAUAUUGCUUUCAGCUCCCUUCGCUGUUCGGAUUCUCUACGGCGGGAAAGUUUGGGGUGCCACACCUUGGCUUGUUGGCUUUGAAGGAACUCUUCCACUUGACCAGAUCGAGACUCUUACUUUCGGAAACUCAAUUGGUCGUCUUCAAUACACACCUUCUAGCGGUCCAUACUGCACUGGUAAAGCAGAUGAGAGAAUCGGUGGGGAACCUCGCUUCAAUGUAGCGGAUCUUCCUCAUGGGCAUAGAUUAUUCACUUUGAUUGAUACUGGCACAAUGACUGUUACUGUUUUCUCCGCCGAGCGUCCUCCAUCUGUAGCGCUACUCGCGGGCAAAGAAGGAGGAAUGCUACGGACGAUACUGUGCUCUUACGAAAGAUCCAAUAAUGGAUUGCGUAAAGAAUGCGUACUGAGAAUGGAGACCCCAAUGUGGGAUGCUAGCGAUGCGAUGGGGUGGGUCAAACUCACGUAGCGAAAUCCGGCGUAUAAUCCGAUGCACAAUGAGUACAUGGUUUCUUUGUAUCAUAGGAUAUUGUUUUGGAGAUGAUGGAAAAUUAAUCCUUAGGUGUAUUUGGAUGAGCAAGGUGUAAUGAUGGACGGAUGAUACCUAAUCAGUAAUAAUACUGUUGUUUUUGUUUUUCUUGCAACAAAUGACUCAUCAAACCCAUGUUUGACAUUCGACAAAUUUCUUGCUGUCUAUUCUUGUGAAUGUCAUUUAUUCAUUGAAUCAAACAAAAUACCUGGCAAUUGUUGAUUUUUGUACUUAGACACGAGCUAGCUUAGUAGCAUAAAUCUUUUGCUUUGAAGGUAAGAUUCUACAAAGUAUCAAUAAAUACACAUUCUUU